UACUUCCAUGGCUAUAGUCUUUGGUCACCCUCUUCUGGUUUCAGACAGUCUCUUAUCCUCUGUCCGUAGAGAUUAUUAUAUCCAUGGAGGAGCUAAAACCUUCGAACAAUAACAUUCUUCUUGAGCAGCUGAGACAUGGGCUCGCUCGGUUCGAGCUUGUUUCAUCCCCUACUCCUUCAAUCUCCUCUGCUUCCUUCUUACAGGGAAAUAGCUAUGCCUUCUUCGCAAGAAUCGGUUCCUCCAUGAAUGGGUCUCCGGCAGCGAAGAAGGUUGAGCAGUACGCUGUGGAUAGAGUUACUGGGGAUGGUCGCUGUCUCUUUAGAGCUUUGGUGAAAGGAAUGGCCUUUAACAAGGGUCUUACCAUCAAUCCCCGGAGAGAGAGAGAUGAUGCAGAUGAACUACGAAUGGCUGUGAAAGAGGUUAUAUGCAAUGACCCCAAGGAAAGGGAGAAGUACAAAGAAGCUUUAAUAGCUAUUACAGUGGAUGAGUCUCUGAAACGGUAUUGUCAGCGGAUUGGAAGACAUGAUUUCUGGGGAGGAGAGUCUGAGUUGCUAGUUCUUUCCAAGCUAUGUAAACAGCCCAUCAUCGUCUACAUACCAGAGCAUGAGCAUAGGAGAGGAGGAGGAGGAGGGUAUGGGUCGGGUUUUAUACCGAUUGCAGAGUAUGGAGCCGAGUUUAGAGGAGGCUGGGGAAAAGGGAACAACAAGAAGAAUGUUGUUAGGCUUCUUUACAGUGGUAGAAACCAUUAUGAUCUGCUUCGCUAGACCCUCUAAGUGAUUGGAGUUUUGUACUUCUGUUGGAAUCAAUUUGUUUAAAACUUGUAAUGGAAAAAUAAAAACAUGAAUAUGUACUUCUCCCUUCUCUACUAGAGGUGGGUUGAAUUUGGAUUCGGUUUGGUUUGACUUCUUUGGAUCCAGCCAAACUCAACCGAACUACAUUUGGUUU